ACUACUUCGAAGAAGAAAGUUGCUCAUGGACUAGACAAACAAGUGUAGCCUCUAGAGUCUCAACUUUAUCGCCAGGAGAACAAGCCAGAAAUGAUUAUUCGCCAGCUUUUGCGUGGCGUGUUCCUUCCUCCGGUGGAGUUUGGGAGUCGCUCUGCCGUGCUAAGGGCGCUCUCGGGCAUGCCUCAUCCAAAAUCAGUAAAUUCCAAUACUGCAAUCGCUGGUGUUGCAGAUAUGACUGAGUUCCGGGAGGUAUUUUCCAAGGCCAAGCAUGUGGCAAUCAUUACGGGGGCGGGAGUCAGUGCAGAGAGCGGCCUGCCCACCUUCAGAGCCGCUAGCGGACACUGGAGGAAAUGGAAGACACAGGACCUGGCAACCGCGCAGGCAUUUUCCCGCAACCCGUCCCGGGUGUGGGAGUUCUAUCACUACUGGAGGGAGCUGGCAAUCAGGGCAGAGCCAAGCGCUGCCCACAGGGCUAUAGCCGAGUGCGAGGCACGCCUCAGCAAGCAGGGUCGCUCUGUCGUCAUCAUUACGCAGAACACCGACGAGCUACAUCGCCGUGCUGGGUCCAGACACGUGCUGGAGAUCCAUGGUAACCUGUUCAGAACAAGGUGUCUAAACUGUGGAGAUGUGGAGACCAACCACCAGAGCCCCAUCUGUACAGCACUGAAAGGCAAAGGUGAUCCUGACCCGAGCUGCAGUGAUGCCAACAUCCCUGUGGAGGAUUUGCCAAGGUGUAAUCAAGGAGGCUGUGACGGCCUCUUGAGGCCUGAUGUAAUCUGGUUCGGCGAGACGCUGGACUCUCAUGUGCUCACUAAGGUGGAGAAGGUGCUGGAUGCCUGUGACCUCUGCUUGCUGGUUGGGACGGCGUCCGUGGUGUUCCCCGCCGCCCUGUUCGCCCCGCAGGUGGCUGCCCGGGGGGUCCCAGUGGCAGAAUUCAACAUCCGUCCAAGAGCCGCCACAUCAUCUUCCACGUAUCACUUCCAGGGUCCAUGUGCCACAACACUCCCCAACGCUCUCGCACGACACGAGACAGAGGAGAUCUGAUGCCCUCCUUCGCCUUUCCAAAGGCUGCAGGCAGGGGGUGCUGGUGAGCUGCUGCUCAUUCACCCCCAAGAGUGCAGAAGAUCUCGAAGACCGACAUCCCUGUGGAGACUUAAAUUUGUUUUCUGGAGAGGUGGACCUGUUACAUGGGACUUCCAUCAGCCAAAUGGGAAGUAUUACUGCUUAUUUGGAAAUUGGCAUUAAAAAAUGUUUAAUCUGACCUAUUUUUUUUUUAACUGAUGUAAUUGAACUGAUCCUGAUGUGAUGUAGAGCAUACGAUGUUAUUGGAUGGAAUGACCUCAUCCAGUGAAUGGGCUUUUCACUGUGCAUUCAGCAGGGUCAGGGCUGCUUGGUCUGUGUAUGCUGAUGCACAGACCUGGGAUGCACCAGUGUUUCUAUAGUUUGCGAAGUUUGCAUUUACUCCCUGACGGUGCGCUGGAGAGAGUUAAAAUGAUCGGUACGCUCUGACACCACUGCUUUCAGACAGACUUGCCACUGAGAACGUCAUUCAAAAUGUCCCGGUGGCGUUCAGCUGUCUAUAACGGCUCCAGUAACGUGUUUUUCCACAACAUUACCAAAGGUCCCGGCAGGGAUGACGGUCUCAGUUUCCAGACGAUGUUUCACUCCACACGUACUCAGCAAAGCAGUACAGCGCCGCGGGAGUGAACGCAAAUCUGCACUUAGCUUAAAAAAACCCAGAUAUAUUGUUGAGCAAUGUCUGCAUGCAUUUGGAAUCACUCCACACAUUACUACAGCUUAAAGGUGUUGAGCUAUAUUUGACUCCUUUUGUUUACAGUCAAAGAAAGACUGUACCAUGGAGAUGUACCCUCCUGACUGCAGAUCACCUCCCAGCACCAAGCAGCUGUUUAUCCUACUCUAGGGGUGUUGAAAGACGUUCGGGGAAGGAAAGCUAGCCAGUCUUCUACCAGUGGCUGUUAUUUUGUCUUUUUUUCUUUUUCUUUUUUUUUUCAUACGUGUAAUAAGAUAAAUGAACUCUGCACGUAAGUGCCUUUACGUACAAAAAUUGCCCCAAUAAACGUUGUGUGAAUCUGC